AUUUCCCCGAGAAUAUUUAUUUUAAACCAAACAGAAAACAAAGAAUCACUCCAUGAACGGAACGUCAAGUCGGCGUUGAGUUUAGGACGAUGAGGUCGGCCCAUGAUCUGCUCUUGAACUCUUGCUCUUCUUCGAUUCGUCAUGGACCAACAACAACAACAGCCGUCUCCUCUCUCUCCUUCUUCUUCAGCAGCGAAAGUUGUCGAUUCAGAGAAGGUCAAAGUCAUCGAAUGGGAAGAUUUCGAGCAAGAACUCGCCCGAUUGUGGAGUCUGUCCUCAGCUCUCCAACAAGCUAAGGACAAAAAGCAAUCUCUUCAAGACAAGCUCAACUCUAUUAUUCAGAUUAAGGCUGAGUCAUUGGACCGAGCAAAUGAGCUUGAGGAGAUGCAGGAGAAACUGGAGGCUAGAAGAGUUGUGAUAGAAAAAAUGUCAAUGCGUUCUAAGGUUGCUGAGGAGGACGCUAAAAAGCAGGAGGAAAGACUUGGUAUGGAAGUUAGAUCUCUAUUAGUGGCUGGGACAGCUCUUUCUGUCGCUAGGAGGCGAUUGCAGGAAUCGAAUAAGUUACUUUCUGGAGAAACGGGUUAUGGUCAUCUCCAAAAUUUGAAUAAGAAGUUACGAUUGAGACAACAAUUUAUGAUUCAACAAGUAUCUUUGCUCUAUCCCGUAAAGAUCUUGGUUGGACCAAAACAAGAGCAAGAACUUGAAUCAUUUCCAAGUGGUAGUAGAUCAGGGAAUGCUGCCGGAUCUAAACCUGUUAAUCCAGGAUCCCUAACAAUCUUAGGCCUGCAUUUGACUAUGCUUCCUUUUACAAAGAUGAGUCUUUUUAGUGAUAAGAAGGAGGUUCAGAGGUCUGCAACUGCCUUGGGAUAUAUUGCACAUGUUGUUUCACUUACAGCUUCUUAUUUACAAGUUCCACUGCGUUAUCCUUUGCGCUUGGGUGGUUCCCGCUCAUACAUAAAUGAUUAUGCACCUUCGAUAGAGCCUUCAUCAUCUGAUUUGUCAUUGAGCACACUGUCCACAAAUACAAAGCCUGUAGAAUUUCCUCUCUUUUUAGAUGGUCAAGACACUACAAGAGCAGCUUAUGCUGUAUUCUUGUUAAAUAAGGAUGUAGAGCAGCUAUUGAAUUUCAUUGGUGUGAAGAGUUUAGGACCACGCCACGUUCUGGCUAAUUUGAAGGAGCUUUUAAGGACCAUACAGUCUGCAGAAUAUAUAGAUACAUGAUACGGUCAACUGGUAUUGACUGUAAGUUAGGAACCUCUCUGUAAAUGUUUACUUGUAUUCUUACACGGGUGCAAAUUUUUCAUGAGCACCAUUUAGUACAGCAAAUAUUUCUCAUUCUCAAUUCUUUCUCUAGAGUAUAUUGUUUGGAUUUACUACCAAAGGUUAAGUCUUGUGAAUCACAUGUUUGAAAAUUUCUGUCGAAAUUUUAAUUCAUGGCCGGCAGAUUGGGGUGUACAAGUACUCUGAAAUAUUUUUACUUAUUUAUUAUUUUGUUUAACACA